GGACGGGAGCAGCUAGCAGGAGCCACUGACGAUGUCUGAGCUGGAGAAGGCCAUGGUGGCCCUCAUUGAUGUUUUCCAUCAGUAUUCCGGAAGGGAGGGUGACAAGCACAAGCUGAAGAAAUCGGAACUCAAGGAGCUCAUCAACAAUGAGCUCUCCCAUUUUUUAGAGGAAAUCAAAGAGCAGGAGGUCGUGGAUAAAGUCAUGGAAACUCUGGACAGUGAUGGAGACGGCGAAUGUGACUUCCAGGAAUUUAUGGCCUUCGUUGCCAUGGUUACCACCGCCUGCCACGAGUUCUUUGAACACGAGUGAGGCAGCAAGAGCAGCUACUGUGUUCAGGGGCUGUUGAGCGUCACACAAGCAGAGAGCAAGGGCUUGCAGGCUAGUAGGAGCUGAGCUUUCCAGCCAUGUUGUAGCUAAUUAGGAAGCUUGAUUUGCUUUGUCAAUGAAAAAUCGACGACCUCUUUCCCGGGGCUGAUUUCAACGGCCCCCACCAUUCUUUCUGCUCUGUUAGCUGACGGUCCGCGGGACUCUUGUA